UCCCCCUCACUCUCCAACCACAAUUUUUCUUAUUCUCUUCUUUUCCUGCCCCUACGGCCUCUUGCCCUUCUUGAGCCCCAAACAAUUCUAUUCUAUUCCCCCAAGGCUUUUCAUUUGAAGUAUUUGACAAUACGUAUCCCGAUAUCGCGCGUAGAGAGUUCGGUGUCGUAGAUCGGAUAUGAGUUGCAACGGGUGCAGGGUCCUGAGGAAAGGGUGCAGCGAGUCGUGCAUACUGCGGCCGUGCCUGCAGUGGAUCGAGAGCCCCGAGGCGCAGGGCCACGCCACCGUCUUCGUGGCCAAGUUUUUUGGCCGUGCCGGCCUCAUGUCCUUCAUCUCCAACGUCCCCGAAUCCCAGCGCCCUGCUUUAUUCCAGUCCCUACUAUUUGAAGCGUGCGGCAGAACAGUGAACCCGGUGAACGGAGCGGUCGGCCUCCUGUGGACGGGCAACUGGCACAUCUGCCAGGCCGCCGUGGAGACCGUCCUACGCGGCGGCACCCUCCGGCCAAUCCCCGAGCUCCUCGACGGCUCAGCCUCUGGCUCAGCCCCCGAUGAGGCCUCCGAGGCUGAGGAGGUCACGUGCACCACAGACGCCUGGAAUAACCUCCGACAGGAACGCACCUCCGGCCAGUCCCACUUCUCCACAUCGAGAUCGAGGGUCUCCCCGAAGCGGAGGAAGGUGACCGAGGACAUCAAGCCUCACCAGCAGAUCGACCUCGACCUCAGGUUGACCCCGAGGCUGUCGGCCUUGUCCGGGAAAGCCCCGGUGCUGAAGCUGCAGCCCGAGGCAAAGAGGCGACUCGGUAGCCCGUCGAUGAACUCGGAGGAGUCGGUCACGACGACAAACACUUGCCUCGUCGACAGCGGGGCUGGAGAGGGCGAAGCCAAUAACAAGGAGAUGAAGUUGCUCAAGUUGUUCAUCUGAAGAGAGUUUUUGAUAUAUUUUUCUGCUAAUUGUAAUUUUUUUACCUUUUUUCUCUCUUUCUUUUGAUGAUAAGUGGGAAGGGUUCUCGCCGGAUUUUGAGCUCCGGCGAGGUUUUGUGGGUCACCGGCACCGGAUUUCUCUCUUUCUGAUCAGCUGCUGGAAGGGGGAGAAAUGAUAGUCCGUCGGUGAUGAUGAUCCUUUUUUUUCCCCUUCAUUUUUUUUCCUUUCUUUUUUUGUUAUAUUAAUAGUUCUUUUUCUCUCUGAAUAUAUACAUAACUGCGUGCCAACUCUUGGAAUAAUAUGACUCCUCAUUAAUUUC